CUUGUUUUUCCCCGAUAAAUAAAUUGUUUCCUACCUUAUUUCGUAGAGCUUGCCGGGCUGCCAAAAGUGGUUAUCUUCUUGACGUACUUGAGACAGUAUCAGCGGCUUCUCGCAUUUCGUCACAUCCAGUACUCCUCUCUGGAGCCUGCAACCUAUUUUCUGCACAGGUUGAUGAAGAAGCUCAAGCCGAUCGACCAGAUAUGCUUUUAUCAACGCAUCUUCGCAUGCCUCUGGAAUGCCAACCUAAUUUGGAGGAGGAUAUCCUUAGUUUCCGCCAGCUGGUGGCGGAGCUCGAAAUAUCGGCCUCUGGGACUGGACAUGGCCCAUUUCGCCUAUUUUGUCCUUGGUCCUCCUCAGAUGAGGGGAGAAAUGGUGACACGGUUAGUGUUUAUUUCAUUGCCUCUAUAAAACCAAGAUUGUAUGGCCUUCUGUUUGGCCGCAGCCUCCUUUAG